AUGCCAUCCGACGCUAAAAAAGCAAGAGACGCUGCAAAGAAAGCCGCCGCUAAGGCGUCAAAAGGAGGAAAGAAAAAGGUUGAAACAAAAACUGCCUCUGAUGCUCCAGCUGCUCAAGCCAACGGAACAGAAAUUGAUGAGGAGAUCGACCAGGCCGCUGCUCUUUUAAAAAAGAUCGAAUUAGAAAAUGCUCAAGCGAGAUCAGUUGCUGGAGCUUUGACAUCAAAUCCAAAAGGUCUUGAUCACAAAGUGGAAAGUUUAACGAUCACUUUCCAUGGUCGCGAAAUCGUCGUCGACACGAAGCUGGAACUGAACAGAGGACGUAGAUAUGGUCUGAUCGGAUUAAACGGUAGUGGAAAAUCAACGAUUCUUCAAGCUAUUUACAACAAGGAAAUGCCUAUCCCAGAUUCUGUCGAUAUGUACUUGGUGUCUCGAGAAAUGCCUGCUAGUGAAAUGACUGCUCUUCAAGCUGUUGUGGAUGUCGACGCCGCGCGAAAAGAAUUAGAACACUUGGCCGACACGCUCGCUAGUAUGCCUGAUGAUGAAAGCCAAGAGAAACUUAUGGAUGUUUAUGAUCGUCUUGAUGAAAUGGACGCCGAAUUGGCUGAGAAGCGAGCUGCCGAAAUUUUACAUGGUCUCGGCUUCACUAAAACAAUGCAAAUGAAGAAGUGCAAAGACUUUUCGGGAGGAUGGAGAAUGCGAAUUGCUUUGGCUAGAGCACUUUACUUAAAGCCUAGUAUUUUAUUACUUGAUGAGCCAACAAAUCAUCUUGAUUUGGAAGCUUGUGUGUGGCUUGAAGAAGAACUUAAACAAUACAAAAGAACUUUGCUUAUCGUUUCUCACUCUCAAGAUUUCAUGAAUGGAGUCUGUACUAAUAUUAUUCAUUUGUUCCAGAAGCAAUUAGUGUAUUAUGGAGGAAACUACGAUCAAUUCGUGAAAACAAGGCUUGAGUUGCUGGAAAACCAACAGAAACGAUACAAUUGGGAGCAAGCGCAACUCCAAAACAUGAAGGAUUAUGUUGCUCGUUUCGGCCACGGUUCCGCAAAAUUGGCGAGACAGGCUCAGUCUAAAGAAAAGACAAUGGCGAAGAUGAUCGCUGGCGGAUUGACAGAAAAAGCGGUGACGGAAACUGUCAAGCAAUUCUAUUUCUUCGACGCAGGAGAAAUUCCUCCACCAGUUAUUAUGGUGCAACACGUGUCAUUUAGAUAUAACGAGACAACGCCGUGGAUCUACAAAAAUAUCGAUUUCGGAAUCGAUUUAGAUACUAGAAUCGCGUUGGUCGGACCAAACGGAGCUGGUAAAUCAACAUUAUUGAAGCUUCUUUGUGGAGAUGUUAUGCCAACUGACGGAUUAAUCAGAAGGCAUUCGCAUUGUAAAAUUGGAAGAUACCAUCAGGGAUCAGAGUCUAACGACAAACCUCAAACAACGGACAAAACUAGCUCGAAACGAAGCUCGGUAAAAAGUAGCUCGUCGAAAAUGUCGAUGUCGGUUCGCCGUUCUCUUCGCGGAAACGCAAAGUCAGAGAACUUGCAGGCGACUAUGUUAACAUUCCAAGAAGUUAGAAAUCGUCCCGACCUUGCUCGUGUGCAACUCUUGUUGUGUAAUAUAUCCGAUAGGGAUAUUUUCGUUAAGUUGAAGUGUAACUCGAACUCAAAUGUCACGGCGUUGCCUACUAGCUCUGGACAUAUUGCUCCAAAAUCGCAAAUGAGAAUUUUGUUGAAUUGGAAAAUGAAUUCGAAAGAUGCGCAUAGUUGGAAAGAUGUCGCGAUGCCAAAAAUGUUACUGUCGACGUAUUUCUUACAAAAUGGUGCUACUCCUUCUACAGAAGAGACUCCAACUAAUACUAGGCUAAUGGCAAGAGUGAGCACCUCGAAAAAAUGCGAUCCGGAUAGUCCUCCCAUUGAGCAGCUUCUUCUUGACGCUGUCGGAAAAGAUGCUGGUGUUACUGGAGCUGCGACUAAUUCUCCAACAACUCCGGCUUAUCCGGCCGAUGAUUAUAUUGAUGAUCCGAAUGAGGAAAUGAAAUGGCUGAUUUACCUUCUGAUCGCUUUACAUCUUCACGAAGAACUGCCGCUAGAGCUUUCAGCUCUUGAAUUCAUGAUGAGGGAAUUCCCAGAUGUUAAAGAAAAGGAAGAAAUGCGGAAGAUCGUUGGAAGAUAUGGCAUCACUGGUCGUGAACAGGUGUGUCCAAUGAAACAGCUGUCCGAUGGUCAAAGAUGUCGUGUCUCUUUCGCAUGGCUCGCAUGGCAACAACCACAUUUGCUUCUUCUUGACGAACCUACAAAUCAUUUGGAUAUGGAAUCGAUUGAUGCUCUCGCUGAAGCGAUUAAUUGUUUUGCUGGAGGAAUGAUUCUCGUUUCUCACGAUUUCCGUCUCGUCUCUCAGGUCGCCGAGCAAGUUUGGGUUUGCGAUAACCAAGGAAUCCAAAAAUGGCCUGGUGAUAUCUUCUCGUUCAAGGAACAUUUGAGGAAACAAAUCGAUCACAAUUUGGACGGCCGAGCCGCCGUCGCCAAAGAGCGUUAA